AUGAGGCUCUCGGUUGACUUCCUCUUCCUCCUCUUCCUCCUCAUCUCCCCAAUCGCCGCGAUCGGCACAUCAUGCUUCAAAGUCGUCUCCGCGCUGGUCGGCCGACCAACCCAUCUCUUCAACAAGUUCCAGAGUGAAAUCUGCGACGCCGGAUGCCAGCCAACUGUCCCUCAUUGGGAUCUCUGGACGCGCAAUAACACCUUCGUACCCGCCGUGCGCAGUCUGAUGCGCCGCAUGAAUGUCCCCCACAAGGAAGAAGCGCUACUGAAGAUGGGCGACGACGUAGCGCUUACUAUCAAAGACCGCUGCGGACCGAUGCUCGGGGGCGGAAUCCACAUUUGCUCCGAUGCUGAGACUCUGGCUGGUUUCGGAAAUUGCUUCAAGCGCAACUUUCUGAAGGCUUCGAUCAAGCACCUCCCGACUUUGAUCCCAAUGGCUUCGGAGGACUCGUGCAAGGAACAGCUUCGGUUCUUGGAAGGUGAUGAGCUAUGGGAGGAUACAAUUCCUCAAAAUAUGAGGGAUUAUGCUAAGGUGUGUGAUUCACUGGGGCCGUUCGACCACGACGAGCUUUGA